AUGAAGAGUAUUAAGGAAAUUGUUGACACGCUCCUAAUAUUUGAUGACUUUGUCAACAUGGUACUGAAAGAUGUCACUGAAUUUGAAAUCAUGCCAGAAGGAAGAAGAAUCAUUACUAAAUUAGAUCAGAUUUUGCUAAAUGGAAAUAACUUAACAAUGCUGGUUCCUGGAGGAGAAAGACCUAAUGUAUGA